AAGAAUGCGCAUAGCGAAUGACACAGUGCAGCAUGAACAAUCGCGGCUGAAUAACUGAGCGGGGUUCAUUGGAUCGUCAGUUCCUUGUACAUUCACGGAAGCACGACAGGCGUCAGCCGAGCGAAUCAAAACCAACACCUCUAUAUCCGCGACGCCCGUUACUAGCGUUACAUCAUGCGAUGGCAUGUGCUUUUGCGGGGAAGCUAUGGAUGAGCUUUAAUUAAGAUUGUCGCACAGGUUGCGAAUCUUCUGUCACUCCUCUUCGACACUUCUCAACUUGAGAUGGCGUCCGGACUAUUCUCCAGGUCCAAUCAACCUACGAGUGUUCCAGAUGCUCGCAUCCAAGUUGGUGAACAGCGACCACAUGACAUCUACCUGAAUGGAACGCCUCCAGCUGCUCAGCAUGCUUACAGCUAUGUUGACAACACACACUCAAAGACACACGUCCACAGUGCCUCAUUAUUCGACGUUGGUAUCUUGAAGGACACCCUCGCCCCCUCCCUUACUCUUCACUCUGGUCUUGCAGUCAUUGCGUACGGCAUAUCACGAUACACCCAACGCGUCGAAGUCAAGGACUGGCUCUGGCCCAGCGGACAGGUCGCCAAUGCCUGGUGGUCUGCCAUCGGCCGACGUCUUGCUGCAGGAUUGACACUCACACAAGCUUUCCACCGUCUCUCUUGGCAUGAACGGGUCGUGUUGACCGGUGUGACGCUUUGGGGAGGCCGACUCUUCUAUCGCAUUGCCCGUCGGUCAAUCCAGCGCGGAGAAGAUGAUCCGCGCUACGCUGAAGUCAAGAAAGAGGAUGGUUUCUGGAACACAGCUUUGUUUAAAGUCUUCAUUCCUGAAGCUUUUUUCCAGAUGCUCAUCAGCUUGCCGUUCACAGCGCCGUUCAGGCAUGAAGGUGCCGCGAUGAUGGGCUACCACCCUUAUAUUCAGAUGGCGGCUGUUGGUCUCUUCUCUUCUGGUCUGGCUCUGGAGACUCUUGCAGACUACCAACUCGACCAGUACAAGGCUGAGGGUGGCCGAGGCAUUCUCCGCGAAGGCGUAUGGAGCAUCGUCCGCAACCCCAACUACCUCGGCGACGCCCUAGUCCACAUCUCCUUUAUUGUCAUGCUAUACGGCAGUGACAUGCUCGCACCAAUCGAACUCCUCGGUCCAAUUGCAAACUACUGCUUCCUCCGCUUUUUCGGUGGUGACAAGGAGAAAGAGCAGCACCAAGUGCGCCGUUACUCUGCUUCUCAGCCCGACAAGUUCGCCGAGCUUCAGAAGUUCCGCGCGGACAAGAAUGCUUUCUGGCCGAGCAUGGAGGAGCUUAGCAACAAGUGGCUGUGGACGGUUCUGGGUAUUGGUGGACUAGGUAUUGCCAUUGAGCAGACAUUGAGGACGCUGCACUAGGCUGGUGCUGGUGAGCAUAUGAUGUGGAAUGCUUAGCCGAUUGCCGUACAGCUGGUGCAGGUGAACAUAUGAUGUGGAAUGCUUGGCCGAUUGCCGUACUUGCAGGCGUUUGGUGCCUCCGUCAU